AGUAAGAUGGCGGAUCAUUGGUAGACAGUCGCUGUCUGUGUCCGUGUGAGGGAGGGAGCAGCACUAUCAACGACAACACGCGGAGCGAACUGUUAUCUCUCGCUCGGUAAUGCUGUUUAGUUAGCAGAUGUCCCAAAGUCACUGUUGGGAUUUUUCAAAUUUAAAAAGAACAAUCUUCCACCAGUCAUGAAAUUUGCCGAACAUUUAUCAGCGCACAUCACGCCGGAAUGGCGCAAACAGUACAUCCAGUAUGAGGCAUUCAAAGAGAUGCUGUAUGCAGCCCAAGACCAAGCACCAUCUUUAGAAGUUACAGAUGAAGAUACCGUUAAAAGAUAUUAUGCCAGGUUUGAAGAGAAAUUCUUCCAGUUCUGCGAAAAGGAACUUGCCAAAAUCAAUACAUUCUAUUCAGAAAAACUUGCUGAAGCUCAGCGCAGAUUUGCUACACUCCAGAACGAGCUGCAGUCAACACUUGAAGUGCAGAUGGACCGCAAUGCAUUCUCUAACUUGCGGCAGCGGAGGAUUGUGUUCCCUCUCUCCCAUAAGGAACGUGUGCAUCAUAGGAACAUUCGUGACCUGAAGUUAGCCUUCAGUGAGUUCUACCUCAGCCUGAUCCUACUCCAAAAUUACCAGAAUCUGAAUUUCACUGGUUUCCGAAAGAUUCUGAAGAAGCAUGACAAGAUGCUGGAGACAAGUCGUGGAGCUGACUGGCGAGUAGUGCAUGUAGAAGUGGCUCCAUUCUACACCUGCAAGAAAAUCACUCAGCUCAUCAGUGAAACAGAGGCCCUUGUUACUGCAGAGUUGGAAGGAGGUGACAGGCAGAAAGCCAUGAAGAGAUUACGAGUGCCGCCCCUGGGAGCUGCUCAGCCAGCCCCUGCCUGGACCAUAUUCAGGGUGGGAAUGUACUUUGGAAUAUUCGUUGUACUCCUUGCUGCUCUGGUUAUCAUAGCUCAAUCAAAAGAGGGAAAUAUUUGGCCCUUGGUGCGUAUUUACCGUGGUGGUUUCCUUUUGAUCGAGUUUCUCUUUCUUCUUGGCAUCAACACAUAUGGCUGGCGACAAGCUGGUGUGAAUCACGUGCUGAUCUUUGAACUCAAUCCCAGAAGCAAUCUCUCUCACCAGCAUCUCUUUGAGAUUGCUGGAUUCCUUGGAGUUCUUUGGGGCUUGAGUUUAUUCAUCAGUUUGUAUGGGCCAUACAGUUUAAUUCCAAUGCCAUUCAAUCCUCUUGUACUGUAUGGAUUCAUGUUCCUGUUUCUGAUCAAUCCUACAAAAACCUGCUAUUACAAAUCCAGGUUCUGGCUCUUAAAGCUCUUGUUCAGAGUCUUCACAGCACCAUUCCACAAAGUAGAGUUUGCAGAUUUCUGGCUGGCUGACCAGUUGAACAGCCUGGCAACAAUCCUGAUGGAUCUGGAGUACAUGAUCUGCUUUUAUAGCUUUGAACUGAACUGGAGCACAGAUGAAGCCCUUAUCAGAUCUACAGGUGAUUCUACGUGCAACAAAUACUCCUAUGGAGUAAGAGCUAUCAUCCAGUGUCUGCCUGCAUGGGUACGCUUCACCCAGUGCCUUCGCCGCUACCGAGACACCAAGCGAGCAUUCCCUCACCUGGUCAAUGCCGGAAAGUAUUCUACCACAUUCUUUGUAGUGACUUUUGCUGCUCUGUACAGUACACACAAAGAACAUAAUCAUGAUGAUGCAGUGGUGUUUUUCUACUUGUGGAUCACCUUCUUAUUGAUCAGCUCCUGUUAUACUCUUACCUGGGACCUGAAGAUGGACUGGGGUCUCUUUGACAAAAAUGCUGGAGAAAACACGUUCUUGCGUGAGGAGAUUGUCUAUCCACAAAAAAUCUAUUACUACUGUGCCAUAGUGGAGGAUGUCAUCCUACGAUUUGCGUGGACAGUGCAGAUUUCAGUCACCUCAAUGAGUGCUUUUGCUUCAAUGGGUGACAUAAUUGCCACAGUGUUGGCUCCACUGGAGGUUUUCCGCCGGUUUGUGUGGAAUUUCUUCCGUCUGGAAAAUGAGCAUCUUAACAACUGUGGUGAAUUUCGUGCCGUGCGUGAUAUCUCAGUGGCACCUCUUAACGCUGAUGACCAGACCCUUUUGGAGCAAAUGAUGGACCUUGAGGAUGGAGUGCGGAACCGUCAAAAAACCAAAUUGUGGAAGCGUACUUACAGCAUCUCUCUGCGUAAAUCACUAGUGAAACCCCGUGAUGCAGCCGUGUUAAUUGAAGACACAGAUGAUGAAGCAUACACAUGAAAGUCAGCAGUGAGCGUGCACUGUCCUUCACACGUUCCAGUUCUACCGGGCACUGAUCACAAUCUGCCAGCACAUGUGGCAACAGACUCAAUUCCAUUUUUCUUCCUUUGUUUUAAUAUAUUUAAACCGACUCAAGAAGGUUGUAAAGAACAAUUUUACAACAGACAGAACAUAUCCACAUGGAUCAAAUCAAAUGGAAAAGACUCAGAGCUGAAAAGUACCAAUUUUUUUUGUUUUGUCUUGUAUUAUUUUCUCUCUCUCAGGCUCCAUAUAGCUAGGGCUGGUUUUAGCUGGGUUCUUCAAAUCUUUUUAACCAGCUCAUGGCCCUGGUUGCACUUGCAGGGAAAGUGCAAUUAAUUGUACUUCCUACGUGAAGUUAUGGUGUUUAAAAAAUAAUUUUGAUAUGCAUUUGUUCUGUUCCUAUCAGAAAUAUUCAUAUUAUUUAUGAGAGAAAUUUCUGCCCUGUACGUUGAUGCAGAAUUUAGUCUCAAUGUUCGUUGAACUUUUUUUUCUGUUUUGGUCAGUGAUCAGAUUUCCUGUUGCAAGGAAGCAAAACAUCUUUAUUAAGAGCACUUCAAAGUUUUCUAGGCGGCAGAUCCCACAGAGCUAUCAAAUGCAGAGUCCUGCAUCCAACACAGAUCACCAGGCUACAUUCCAAAUGCUGCAAGAUAUCCAUAAUAGCUGGCAAAAAUAACUUUACAGAUGCUACAAAAUGUGCUUGCGUUAUUUAUAAGUCAUAUCUAAAGCCAGUGACAACAGGAGAUUUUAAAAGAAAUUAUUCAUUUCAGAAUUUUCUAUCAGUCAAGCUUACAUAUCCCAGAAAACAAUUGCUUUAAAUUUUCACAAGUUCAGCAUUAGUAAUAUUUCUGAUUUUACCAAAGGUUUAAUAUCAAGUAAAUGGUUUCUCUCAGUGCAUAGAUGUAAUCCAUCAUUGAUAGGAUUUGGAUUUUUUUUUUCAAUUGCUUGCGCCACUCCUGAAAGCUGCUAAUAACCCAGCCUGUUGUAGCAAUGGGAAUGUUGACUUGCAUGAGGAACAUUUCCCUGGAAUGGUCAGUGCUGUCUUUCAUAAAGCUGUCCUUCCUCUCCAAACUACAGAAAUUCACAUCAAAUUACUCCAGUAACAUAGGCCGACGACAAUGUAAGUGAUUACACAGCCCCUUAGUUGUAUAGUUCAGUGGAGCCACCUUAAGAUCUAGUUCAGUUGGCCAAUGCUAGAGCGAUUUUAAUGUGGUGUAUUAUUUUAAAGGGAUAGUUGUCCUAUUUAUUAUCUGUGCCAAACAUUGCUGUAUAUGUCAGGUUUAGAAUUCAUUAAUAAUGUGUGCCACAGCAAAAGUUCACAAUGAAGAAGUUGUGUAGUGCUCAGUGAUGGUUCAUGUCAUGUUCUGAAUUCAUUCCAUCUACUUGAUUUUAACAGAGGUUUCUGUUUUUAAUAUAGUUGAUUUAGCUGAAUUGGGACAUUCAGAAAUUACCAUGUAAUAUUAGCUUUCUUCUGACAUAGUCUUAAGUGGGCUCCAUUAUAACAAAGGACAAGAUCCUUGGCAUGCAAAGGAGAUCAAGGUAAGAGUGUGCCUGAUCUUGGACCUCCAUCAGGUUUUGCUCUGUGUCAGAGCACUCAACAUGUUUGCUGAUCCUGCCUGGUUAAGGAGUGAUUUACAGUAUGCUGAAAAUGCAAGCUGUUGUUGUGGAAUGGAGGAAGCUACUAAUGCAAAAGGAGCACUGGGUUUGACUCACUUGGACACAGGACUGCCUUCCAAAACAGCAUAGCCAAGCACAUACACUUGGAGCUAGAAGUUGAAGCAUUUUAUUAAUGAAUUAUUCAUAGACAGAAUAAUGGCAAAAUAAAAGCUUUCCAAAUUUCAUUCUCCAGCGCAUGUCACAACAUUCACCCAUAUUUCAUUUUGCAAAAGUAGCUAACUUUUGUACAGAAUUUCACAUUCCUGUUGCCUUUUAAUAAAGUGUAUGGAAAAUGGAUGCAAUUCAAUUACAUUUUAGCACCUACAAAAAAAAAGAGAGUAAAUAGGCCCAAUGUAAACCUUGAGGUUUGAUGCCUCGGGAAAUGAGUUUAAAGUGGUUUCACGGUACAAACAUAGGCAACCUCUGCUGCUCCUUUCAUGUUACUGGACCACUUCCAAUGCAAGCUUUUUCUUAAUGGAGUUGGUCCCCAUUGUGGCUGGAUCUGUUUGAAAUCAGGGCAGAGUUAGGUAGUGGUCACAUUAGACAUGAUCCCUCAUUGGUGAGCCAAGUUUUCUAUCGUUCAACAACACAGGGAGUUUAGAUUGGGAUAGGCAAUCUAAGUUUUAAUUUAAAAAAUGGAGAAGACAGAGAUAUAAAGGAGCUUUAUUUUCCUGAGAAAAUACACAGGGAAAUGAGUUGCCCAUGGUGGUGUGCUGAGUAACUGGUAUUAGAACUGCAUUGCACUUCCAACUUGAGUGUGAAUGAAGCAAGUACCAAGAAUAGGUUCAGUGUUACUAUUAGCACUGAAUAUCCAUUAUUUGAUGUAACAACAGUAAAUACCCAGCAGGUCAGGCAGCAUCUGUGGAAAGAAAAAGAGUUAACCUUCAGGCCUUUGUCUUUCCCACUAAUGCUACCUGACCUGCUGAGUGUUUCCAGCUUUUUCUAUUUUCAUUUCAGAUUUCUAGCAUCCACUAUUUUAUUGAUAUUCAUCCAUUAUCUGUCCUUGUUUGAAAGCAACUUGGUUCAAAUCAUUUUCACAAUCUAGUUAUGAAUGUCGUCAUCCCAGAAUCCCAUAUUUCUUUUUCUUUCAUAAUUCUUCUUUAUCAAUGUGAUUUUGCUAAAUAUAAUUGUAAUGCAGAAUGAAUAACUGACACAAAAGUGACAAAACAUUGGUUAUGUUUUAUUCUGAAUUUGAUUUUCAAAUAUCCAUCUUCCUCCUCUUCCCACCUCUGGCUGGAAAAAAAGAUCAAACCUUGUGGACCAUAUGAGAAGCCUGUAUAUAGCAUAAGUGGACCGUUAUGAAUCAGACACAACCUGUACUAGUAUUGCACUAAUGUUGAUUUUUGAGUGAGCACAAACACUUAUUUUGCUAAUUCUUCACAGGAACGGAAAAACUGUAUGCAAAAGAGAUUUGGAGAUCCAAAACCUGUUUCUGACAGUUACAUAAACAGGGGGACUGCGUUUUUGGAAGUUUUCAAUAAGAUCCUCCUUAAAGCAAAUCUCUAAUUUCACUGUGGGCAAAGGCACAUUUAUACAGUUGCAGUAAUGCUGGCAAGGGCUGAUUAAAUCUGAACCACUAAAUCGGUUUGAACUAGGUCUGUGCCUUGUGCAGAAAAAAGCUAGGAAAGACAAGAAGUAUCAUUAUGAAUCAAAAUACAGAAUCAAAUACAAUAGCAUUGAUCAUGUCUGUAGUUUUGGCACUGCAGAUAUAAGGAACUCUCUAGCCAUAGACUGAUCUGCUCUGAAGAGUACACUGCUUUGGGUUUUCAUAUUGUCUUGAUGCGCCAGCAAUGAUAUGACAGUUGUGCUAAAUUUCAUAGAUAUUCAAUGAUUCCUUUGACUUGCAGUGUUUUUGACAGCCUGUAUUUCUUUGGUUAGGGAACAGAUCAUUGCUCUUGAGUCCAUGACUCCCAGUCAUCACAGUUAAUGUAUUCCCAACCAGCCAGAAAAGAAUAGUCUGAAAAAUCUGGAAAGGGUGAGGGCAAUUGGGGAUAAAAGAUGCCUCAGCACAUUUAUCUGAUUUCUGAAAGGUUUAAAACACUUAAGUUAUUUUUCUUGUGUUCUGUCCACAAUUUCUUGGUUCUUCCUACCGUUAUCAUAGACAAUGCGAGAGUAACAAGAUGCCUUCACUACUGGACAAUGGGGCUCUUCACGUAAAAAUCUAAAGUUGCCUUUAGCAAACGUUAUCCAUGAUUCCAGUGUACCUUGCUGCUCCUUAGUCAUCACUGGAGCAGGGGAUAACUUCCUUUCACACAGCUCUCUGCAUUCUGAGCUGAUUGAAUCCUGUGUAUGGAUCUGUGAGCUCUGCCCAGGGGUCAGGAUGAUUGAUGGGACAGACAGCUGGGUUGUUUGUGAGAGAGCUGCUUUUGUUAUAGUAUCUUGAAAGUCCAUAUGCCGCUGGUGGUGCUGUUCCCUUUUUAGGAGUCAUAUAUGAAGGAUUCCCAUGAGUUAGUGAUGAUGUUAUAAACUUUGAAAACACCCAUGAAGCUUCUGCAAACCUCUUCCCACAAACAGCACCAAGCAUUCUGUUUGUUUCAGCAAUCUGAUGUCAGGCACAUGGACAAUGUAGCCCACCCAUUUGAGGAGCUGAUCUGAGCCUUAAUGCUGAUGUUGGUCCUUUCAACUGAAACAUAACAAAGUGUGCAAUGGAUGACUGGCUUGACCUAUUUCAGAGUGCAGAGCCACUUGCAACAAGGCUGUCCCAACCAUCCCAUUCAGGAACUCGUGAUGCUUGGGAAUGCAAUGUGCACUUUCAAGAUAGGAGUCCAACAACAGUGGAUGAUUACAGAAAAUGAAAAGAGUUGCAGGGGUGUAUAGACAACUGAAUUGUCCACAGUUGGGAUAAUUCAACAUCCUGACAGUCCAAUAGCACAUCACUUUGGGAAGAAGGUCAAUGUCAUACAUUAAAUUUGAUGCUAUUCUAUUACAGUAAGUUUAGUGAGCACUCACACUGUAUUAAAUUAACAAGAUAUUAACUUCUUCGAUCACAUAACCCAAAAUAUAACUCCACAAAAUAAUAAUCAUUUUUAGUUAUUGUUUCAUUUUAAUAGAUAAUUAAAUAGAAGGCAGUCAUUAUUAAUUUGAGAAAGCAGAAUAAACUGAGUUGUGGUUUCUUUGCCCCCUGUUGGAGGUUGCAUUCUGCUCCCAAAGAUAGUUUUUGUUAGUAUCUGGUAUGACAUUAUGCUGUGUGUAUUUUUGCACUUCAAAAUGGCACUGCUGGCUCCAGCAAGAAAACAUGGCAUCAAACACUCAAAAAUCAAUGGUAGUCUCAACUCCCUGCACAGUUAGCUGGUCCUUUCACCCACACAAUGAUGUUUAUUUGACCAAUGUCUUGGGGAAUAGCUAUCAUAGUUGUAACCAGAAGGCUUUGAAUUCCGGGAUCAAGCACAGAUUUUUUUAUUGGCUCAGUGGUCUGUUUGCUUGCAGUUAAUGAUAAUCCAUUUAUUAAUUCACUUGCCUGAUUCUUGGCAUGUACUGUUGACUCAGACUUGCUUUCAGAAGGUAUGUUAAGAAGGCCCCAACAAGCCCAACUAGCAAGCACACAUUCAAAGUGUUGAAACAUAGGCUCUGCCCUGACCAUGCACUCAGCCUAUUGACCCAGCCUUUUGAAGAGAAAGCUGUGGUGGCCUUUCUCCUUGCUCCUCUGCAUGGAAACUGUGCAACAAUGCUCCCACUCCACACUCUCUUGCAAUUCAGAGUUUAAUUUCCAAUCUGGCCAUAAUUUGUAAAUUAGCAGUAGAAUCAAGCCGCGGAGCUUUGGACUUUAAUGUCUUGGUCUUCAGGAUGCUCAGCAUCAGGCAGGUGGACCAAUGUUGCUGUAAGUUGCUUUCAGAGUUUUUAAGGAAAUGUGUUUCUAAUUAAACAAUGCAAUUCAUCUAUUAAUAUUCUUUCUAUUUUCUUGGCACCUUAAUUAAUAAAGGCUUUGUAGGAAAUAGUUCUUACCCAGGUCCUUGUUUAUCAAGGACUCUAUGAAAGCAGACUCUGGAACACUUGUGAUGCAAUGGGAAAGAACAUGGACUAGUGGCAAAGUUGAUGAGCACACUGAACCAAAAAGACCUCCUGUCCCUCUCAUUUGAUGGCAAUGUGAAGCUGCAGUAUUAUGUGAUGAAGGAAAUACUUUUAUAUCAGAGCACAUUAAUAUAAAAGGUGUGUCCAACAGGGAACCUCUGGUACUAAUGCCUUCACCAGUCCUAGUACUCCAGCUGGGACAGUUAUUAGGAUACCAGUCUUUUACUUCUGGUCUUUGAUACUGUUGCUCUAAUGCUGAUGCAGUCAUCCAGGGAAAAAACUGGAUUUCUCACAUCAGUGGGGUUUUGGGUGCAGACUUUGAAUAAUUUCAGAUGAUAGCUGUCUCUAGCAUCAGGAUCAGAGAGGCCAAGUUGUGCUCUAACAACAGACCAGUACAGUGUCUUUCAAUGAUUAUAUUCCUCUCUAAUCUGUCUUUAACCACGCAAAAAAUAUUUAAUUGCAUCAAAACUGCAUUGAGAUUGGGCUGUUAUGUCUUCUAACUUGAUGGGGCAUUUGUGCUUUAUUUUACUCUGCGUCUGUGUUCUAGAGCAUAGGAUGAGCAGGAUAAUGAAUUGUAGUUUUAUUUGGUGUCUGAAGAACAUGCAAGCUGCAAAUGUACAAUCAUUGUAUACAAAGUUGAGCACACAGAGAACUGAGGGAAGAUGGAGGCAGCCACCUUCAGUGCUGGAGUCCACCACUGUAUUAUCAGGAGUUCACUGUUAGCCUGCAGGGUGGUAGGAGAGGUAGAGUGUCAGGGCUCACUUCUACUUCACCGAUGAGGCUGAAAUCAGUUUGAAUAUUUGGCAUGGACCCACUUACAACUUAAUAGUUAAUUAAGAUGGAAAGAGACCUGAUUUCUACAAGAGACAAAUCAACGGCCACUGACACUGUGCUGUAAAAUUCCCUACACCCCUCUUUUGUUCACACAUUCCCCUUUUUAUAAACCAGGUGUACUUCUCAAGGAUCGUUGACUUGGUGUGUGCAUUGGGCACUUCCCCUCAUACUCUCCUGCCAUUCCCACAUUGCCUGCAACACAAAUAACUCUGUAGUUGUCUCAGCAAAUACACUGCACCUCCUGAACUUUAUUGCAGUACUCAGGUCAAAAGACAAGUGGUCUUGGAGAUGGUUAAAAUAUAUACCAGAAGACCAUGACUGGGAGUUGUUCUGGUACCUAUCAGCUUGCUUGUGACAAACCAGGUUCACACUUCUUGUAAGAAGAUGUGUUCUCAGACUGUUAUCCUUAAAAUGUAACUGGCACAUUCUAGGUCAAAAUAGCUCCACUUUUUUGAUGAAUUUAUUUUGAGUUAUUUACUAUAUUUUCUAUUAGUUUGCAAGAUUCACAAUGAGAAUCACCAUGGUGCUGGAGUUUAGUUCAAAGAAAUAUGAUCCUAGAGGAAAUCUGCAGACCUGAAUCAUCAAAUUAGAGCUUUCCAUAAUGCCACUCUGAGAGCACAUCAGACUGUGGCACCAUCUCACAGUUCAUUUGUAUUGCGCUGCUGGCUUUGGUCAUUGCUAGGAUUAGUCAGUCCUUGCACGCAAUCCUAAGAAUCAAUAGAAAUUGAACACAAUUUUUUGAGCUAAGUGAUAAGGCUUUGGGCUCUCAUUUAAACAUGUUACUUUAAUAUUGUUUAAAUUUGAUCAGAUAAAGAUAUUAAAUAAUUGUGAUAUGUAGUCAAUGCCAAAAUAAAAUUGCUCGAGUUAGAACAAUGAAUGAAAAACAAGAAUGCUGGAAAUACACAGCAGGUCAGGUGGGGAGAGCAAGAAACAAAGUUGUUUCAGGCCAAUGACCUUUCAUCAGCUAUUCAUCAAACUGAAACAUUAAAUCUCUCUCUCUCUCUCUCAACAAGUCCUGUCACCAACUGCAAAUAUACAGCAUCUUCUGUUUUUAUUCUGUAUUUUCAGCAUCUGCUGCUUUGUUUUGCUCUUAAAUCAUUUGGACCAGUUUCACUCAGUUGGGUUAGUUUAGUUUUAAGGAUCCCAUUGCUUUAAUAAUACAAACACUAAUGAUCUAAGAUUUUAUCAAUGUCCAACAGAAUUAGUUCCUCUGUAUUUUACAAGUGUGAUGACAUUCCAAAGUUACUUCAUUGGAUGUAAACAGUUUUAGGAUAUCCUGAAACUGUAAAAGAUGCUCUACAAACAUCUAUUUGCUACCAAUACUGGAUUUUAUACAACACUGGAGCAGUCCUAAACCUUUUAUGAUACUGCUCACAUGCUGAUGUAUCACACAGAUUUCUCCCAGGGCUGAUCAUAGUUGGUCACUGCUGUUCCCUUUACACUUCAAAUACUCAACCUGUCCUAUUCAUCUGUGGGCUCACAAGGUAAUCCAACUGAUGGUUGAAUUCCUGUGCAUGCUGUAUCAAAGGGUAUGGAGUUAUAGAUGAAGAGAGUUCUCUUCAGGGCUAUCUCGCGCAGGACAUAUUAUGUAGUCACACAGGGAUUUUAUUGCUCCUAUCUGGAGCUUCCAUCUCCUAACACACUAAUAAUGCACAGACAAUUAAAUGUGAUUGUACUCUGCCGAAAAUCUUAACUGGAGGGAGGAAAUGAGCAUUAAAUGAUAUGAUCCUCCUCCAUGUUCAUGUUCAUUCAUUAAACCUUAUUUUACUUUUGAACAAAAAUCAGUAACAACAUUUAAUAAUAAUCACCCUUUAAUUGUCAAGCUGAACUGUUUUCAAUUUUAUAUUAUGACAGCUAGUUGCAUCUUAACCAGAGUAAUAAUAACUCCAAUAAAACUGAGGGAACAACUCUCAAAACUGGUACACCAGAAAGGGGAUGGUGUAUAUUAAUUCUAUUAAUGAUUUUCUUAUAUCAUUUCAGAUCUAGAUCAGUUUCCCUGAACAGACAGGUAUAAUAUGUUCAUGUUAAGGCAACAUAGUUAAAAAGUAGCAUUGUAUUUCUUACUUUUGUAGCCCUUUGCUAGGUCGCAGGGUCACCAUUUUCUGGAACAGCUUGGCUUCCACGACCAAAGUUCAAAGCCCACAUUAUGAACAGAUAUGAAAACACCAACACGACAGUCCUUUAUAGUGUUUUAUAUCUAUAUGUACGUAUAUUUGUAUCCUUGGAUAUUUUGUCCAUUUUGAAAGGACACUAUUUCACGUUUGAAAUGUACAGUAGCUUUUACCUGCCCGCAGUACAUUGGUAGUAUGAUGCUUUCAAGUCCUGUUAAUUAAAUGAAGUGAAUGUGGAAUGUAAUUAGUCUUAUGUUGGUGCCCUCUUUUCUUGUUCCUCUCACUGUUGCUGACUAGUUGCUUGCAAUUCCAUAAUGUAAUAGCAAAGCUUGCAAUGCAGUCUUUGUAGUCUGUGGCGUGCCCUGUGGACGAUGUACAUUGUGAUAAUUGAUGUAUGUGAAAGAUAGAUGCUAAAUAGAUUUCUGUGGUUUAAGUGUUGAUCUUGGAGAAAGAUACCUAUUCUCCAUCUCCCUUUAAUGGAAGUGUUUGUAAAAUGGUGACUGGUUUUUCUGCUCUGUAUUCUGAUGGUGCCUGAAGAUCUCAAGUUAUUUCUGUGUACGCCACAGUCUUGGCAUUUAGUUUAAUAAACAACUUUGUUUUUCUUUUCAUAGGGAACAUUUGAAAUAUACAACUCCAUUUUCUUUUACUUUACUCCCGACUGUGUUUCUUUGUGAAAAUUGUAAGUUGACAUGAUUUUGCUUAACACUAUAUACCUCGUUUAAAAGGUAUCCAACUUUAACAUUGCUCUGGUACUUGCAUUGCUUAGUUACUAGUUCUGAAUGUACUAACACUUCUAAUAAGAAGGGUGAACCACUCAACCAUUUCCCAUCACCACUUUUUCUUCAUUGGUACCAAUAUCAACAGUUGCCUGAACUCCAAAAGCAAACCCAUGCAAGGUUACACCUCUUAUCUGCCCCAGUUCCUUUUGCUCUUCCUCUAUUGGGCUUUAGUGCUUCAAAUUACUGUCCAUGCUCACCAUGAAGAAUAAUAAACUGUUACCCUCCAAGAUCUACUAAGCAAUCAAACAUGGACAACCACUGAUACAAAUAAGUUGGUUUGACAUCUGUUUUUCAACCUCCAACGUAUUGAAAGGAAAAUAAGAAUCUUGCAGAAAGAAACACCAGAUCUUGAUUAAAGGAAAGCAACUCCUAAAAUUCGGAAUAUUGAUAAACAGCUUUUAGUUUGCAGCAUAGGAAAGGUGUUCAGCCCAACAGCUCCUUGUAUCUCCUGCCCCAUCUCAACACAUCCUUCCACUCCUCUGCCUUAAUCCUUGAAUAGAAUUGACGAAUUGUAAAUAUUUAAAAGAACCAUAUGAGACAUUGUAACCAACACAUCCUCAUAUUUGUAUGGCCCCAUCGGUAAGAGCUGGGUGCUGCUAAAAUAUUGGCAGGGAAGGUUGAGUUGCUGGUGUUAGACUCAGUUAUGAUCCAAGGAGGGCAGACAUUGCAAUCGACAUUAGAGGAUCUGUUUCUCCUGGAAAUUUUUGCGAUUGCUGUCUACCCAUUGACUAAGAAAAAUUGAUACUGCCCACCAGAAAAUUCACAAGGUCACAAUGUAAAUAUGAGGGUUUCAGCAUUGCUGCAAUCAGUGUUUGUACAAAAUAUCAAUGAAUGGAGAUCAGUAUUAACUAAGACAAUAGGAAAGUUGUGUCCUUAGGAAAACUCUCCUCUGAGAUCAAAUUGUCUUUUUCUGGCUAUUAUUUGAUAUCAUUAAAUGUUGCAGCUUAAUGUGGCAAAUAUCAUUGCUGGCCCAUUGCCAGUGAAGUGACCAAAUGGAAACCUAAUAUUAUCAGAACAUUCCCUCUCCUCUCCCAUUUUCUCUGGUCUCUGUCCAUCUUUUCCUCUACUUCCUCUGACUGAAAGAACAGAUGCAAUAUUCUGCUUGGUUUUUGGCCUUCUGUAUCAAAUACUAAGGCUGUCAUUGCCACUGUUGCCUUUGUCCAGUUCACUAGCAUCCUUGUUUAUCCAAGAGCUUCUUAAGGCUGCACCAUUACUGCAUUUGCAGUGUGACUGCACCUCAAUACAGUACCUGGGAUGAAUGGCAACCUUUAAUCCAGAUCAUUCAAUGGUUUAUCUGCCUGACUUGGAGUUGUAUACUGCAUGUGUUCCCUGUUUUAAAGUGCACCCGUACUCUUUCAAAUGCCACAUUUACCCUCUCUCAAUGUUCUGGUUUCAUAUGAUUUAAAAGACAAAGUUUUCUGGGGUUUUUUUGCCAAAUUGAUACUGCCCACCAGAAAAUUCACAAGGUCACAAUGUAAAUGUGAGGGUUUCAGCAUUGCUGCAAUUAAUGUUUGUUCGUACAAAGUUUGUACAAUGUUUGUUUGAACAGAGAUCAGUAUUGACUCCAAUUUACAGAGAUCUAUGUUAAGGCCACUUUGCUUGUGUUAGUUUCAUUUUGAUUAUGUAGACUUUCCAAUCCUUUCCCACUCAACUCUCAGAAAUGAUACUGUUUCUCUUUAUUGGUUCACCAAUAUGUUCUCCUUACACAGUAUAAGAAGUUUGGGGUGACGUUGAUUUUUAUUUAUAAAUAAUCAGAGCAGAUGUAAGAUGUCAGAGUGUGAUAUCCAUUUCACUUUUGAUGUCAAUUACUGGAAGACUCCUUUCACCUCAUCUUAUUAAUCAAGUUCCAGAACAGGGAGAUGGCCAGUAAGGAACAUCUAUUUCCUCAAAUUAAAUGGGUUGUAAAUGUUUAGCACAAGAUGGAGAUGAUCAUGAUGGGUUUUAUAUAUCACAUUCUGAUAUUUAUCUUACUGUACCCAGUGCUGCUUGUUUUAAAUAAGAAUUGAUGUGAUGUCAUCUGUGUUCAUUUAAUUAGUUGCUGGCUAAUGUUAUGUUAUCCUGGACUGGCCUUGUCACUGAUCCCAACAAUCUCCCUCCAUCCCAGAGGUGUGAAUGUGACAAUGGGAGAAGGUUUGGUUUUAGUCUUGGUGUUAAACCUUGUGAAAUUUCAUUUUGUACCGUCUCUGCAUCUUAUUCUGCUGAGCGGGAUUUUUACUAUUGCAAAUUGUUUGCCGUUAGUUCUGAAAUAAAACUUUGCUCCUGAAAUGGGAAUUGUAAUAAUUGGCCUGGUCACACAUGGCUUUGCCUGCUGCUGUUGCAGGAGGGUUGGGGGAGGAUCAGUAUUUAAAGAAACUUUUUAAGAAUUGAUUUUUCAGAGCCUAGAAACAGGAUAAACUCCCCUACCACAACCGUCAAACACUAACCAAAUGUUAUCAGACAGCCACUCUGUGGGAUUCUCAUUAGGCAGCAGGAUAGGUGAAGCAUUGUUAAAAAAAAAGGCAGUGAACAAAUGUGCUUUAAAGGACUGAAUGGAGAAAGGGGGAGUAUCAGUUAUGGUUGUUUCUAUCACAUCCAUAUGGUUUCCAAUGUGCUAUAAACUCAGGAUGUUCUGUUACUAUGAACUACAGCACCAGAAAUGUUCCUUUUAGCCCUUCAUCCCCAUUGGAACCUGUCUCCAUCUAUACUAAUCCCAUUCGCCUUCAUUAGGUCUGUAUCCUACUUUGUCUAUUCGUGCCUGUGUAAAUUCCUCUUAAAUUGUAUCUAAUUGCACCACCUCCUCUGACAGCCAGUUCCAGAUAUUAACAAUACAGUGUAAAAAAACAUUACCUCUGAAAUCUUUAAAACUUCUCAUCUUAAACGUCUUUGACAUACCCACCCUGUGAAAAAGAUUCUGCAGACCUUAUCUCAUAAUUUUAUUUACCUCUAUCAGAUCACCUCUCAUCCUUUCACUCCAAUGAAAACAAGCCUAGCCGAUCCAAUUUCUCUGUAACAGUUCUGA